AUGUUAGCACAACUCAUCACAAUCUUCUUCAUCAAAAAGUUUUUCAAGUGUCUCCUACAAUUUAAUGCCCUUCGUCCUGACCUCGAUCGUGUGACAAUCUUCACAGAUGCCGCUUGGAAGCAUGAGACUAAAGAUGUGGGCUUUGGAUGGGUAAUCCGAAAUUGCCCGGAACUGACAGCUCUCCACUACCAAUCAGCAGCCCGGAAUGUCAGAUUGCCUCUCAUGGCGGAAGCUAUAGCGUUGUUCCUCGCUCUCCAAUACGCCCAAUCGAUCGGUAUCACCAAACUCUCAAUGGCCUCAGAUUCACAACAAUUAAUCACAGCCAUCACCUCUGAGUCUCCUUCAACCGAGUUCUAUGGGAUCAUCUUUGACAUCCUCAAUUUAUCCCUAGGAUUUGCAGAUGUUAGCUUUUCCUUUGUUCCACGAAGUGAGAAUCGUGUAGCAGAUGAACUAGCAAAAUCAAGUCUUAUCUCUUUUUCUAUUGUACCCGGAUCAACCGGUUUAAACCUUUGAUUAAUGAAAUUCUCCCUUUGC